UUCAGGGUAAGGCUUGGGCACAUUCUGCAACAAAGCAGGAGAGACUGAAAUUAGCAGACAAAAGGAGAGUACAUUUGAGUGGGAUCUGCUUCUCUCAUGUGAUACCAACAUCACUAGUAUCGUCAUAUCGUAGCGUCACCUAACGUUUUGUCCUAUGUCACGCUCUGGACGAAUCCAGCAUCGACUCCAAGUCGGAUUCAGACAUGCUCGAAUUGUGCAGCAUUACUAGUAGUAUAUGGUACUGAAACCAAUUAUGCCGCCGGUUGGCAACCCACCGCAGCAGGGCGCCGCUUCUAAGCACAACCUCAGGAGGGCCCGCCCUGAUCUGCCUCGUCCCAUUGUGUACUACGUCCCGGUUGAUCCCUAUCGGGCGCCACAGCUUCCGGAUCAGCUCAGCCAGAGCUGCAAAGUUGUUCCAAGCCAGCUCGGUCACGGCUCCACCCGGUCCAAAAGAGACGUUGCAAUCUUCUUUGGAUGCAUCUUCGCAGCGGGUUAUUGCCUGGGGUACUCUGGCUUGACGAUCUUUAACGUGGGGGAGAGGUAAGGUGUAUGAAUGAGAAGAGGGUUGAGUUGUUGAGAGACUACCAAAGAAGGGUUGGAGAAGCCAAAGAGACAAUCAAAGCGGCCAAUGAUACCAGGCUGGAGAUGAGUCAGAGGCUCAACAAAACGAUUGACGAGCUGGUGUUGUGGCUGAAAACUCCUACAUCGAAAAGCAAUGAUGUUGAGAAAAAGCCCGGGGGCAAAGGCUCGCCGGCUCCACCAGGGACGGCAAGUUAACAGCUUCACUUCGACAAGCAUACUUAUGUCUUGUUUUUGGUGAUCAGUAGUGGUGACGAGAGCUCCUCGAGCAGAAGGACUGUAAGAGGCCGCUACUCUGUCCUGAUCUGGCUGUCUAUAGGACUAAAACGUGUUGUGUCGUACAGAAUCGUAGCAGUGUUUCCCCAGACAACCAGAUGCGGAUUGACAAGAUCAAUUUCUGUCGAACAUCUUCGAGAAUAUGAUUUUGGAGUCGUGUUUCAUCGGCCCAGGUUGAGUCCUCUGGUCGGGGCCCUACCAAUUUGCCAGGUCUAUUGAAGUCCGUCUACUGCAGAGUCGGGCCACGUGUUGUAGACAAGUUGCUGUACAUAUGAGAGACCCGAGAAAGCUCUGAAGCAGCUUGAGGUUGAUCAAGAGCAUGCAUAAGACUGUGCACUUAGAAUUUUACUUUCGAAACGCUCCCUUAUAUAGAAUCAGGUUGCUGCUAGAAAAGUGCUAGCUCUUCUAAACAUGUGCCCUCAUUGAAGUCCUGCGCGUCGUUUCAUCAUUUCUCAAACGACCUCAUCGUCUUCAUCGAUCAUGAGCAGCC